CUUUCAUCAUUUCCGGUAUCUGACCACCCAAGUACCCAUCAGCACUUGCGACGCGCCGCUCAGCUCGGCAGCUUUUGGCCCGGCGCGGGUUUCCGGGCGAUUGCAGGCGAAUGUGCUGUCACCAAUGUGAGGCUGCCUUGGCGCGCGGCCCGGAGCCGGAACGCAGCGGCGGCUGAUGAAUGGUGGAUGCCGGGCUGGCUGGUUCAUGUGGAGCCUUCUGUGGGGGGAGCUACGAGCCGCUGCCGGCCCGAGUAGGCUCCGCUGCCGAUCGGCCGCUUUCCUUAGCAGCGGCGGCGUCGCGGUUUCCCCCGGCCCUGCCUGCGGAGACUCGCCUGGCCGCAUGGAGCGGGCUGUGGUGCGCUGCGUCCCGUCGGAGCCGAAGAUGAGCCUGUGGUUCGUGCUGUGUGACGGGAGCGCCAAGCACAUGCAGCGGGACCAGACGGAGCCGCUAGGCCGGGCCUUGGCCCGCAUCGCCACCAACGCCGGCAAGGGCCAUGCCAAGGCGGCCAAGAAGAGCAAGAAAGCGCGGGCGGAGGCGGGACCGGCCGGGGAGCCGGUGCCGACGGCGCCACUCGCCGUGCGCCUCUUCUCGCGGGACGGGGAGUCCGUGGCUGAAGACGUGUCCAAUGCCGAGGCCUGGCAGGACGGCGCCGUGCUGCAGAUCGGCGAAGUCAAGUACCAGGUGGAGCGGAACCCGCCCUCAGUCAUCGAGCUCCAGCUGCCCCGCUCGCUGCUCGCCGGCUUCCCCGUCUGCCCCAAGAUCCACACCGAAUUCGGCGCGCCCCAGCACUGUCUCUUCCGCUGGUACCGGGAGCAGCCGGGGGGCGGCGGGGACGAGCCCUCCCCAGGGGGCGACAUCUGGGUAGAAACCCCCGUCAGGGACCGCGUCUUCACGCCGACCAACGCGCACAUCGGACUGCGCCUCAAGCUCCACUGCACCCCGGGCAACAGCCAGCAGCGCUACGGGCUGCCCCGGGAGGUGGAGAGCAGCGGCCCUGUAGAGGCUGGGCCCGGCGCCUGUACCUUCGACUCCCGGCACCUCUACACCAAGAAGGUGUCCGGGGAAGGCUUAAUCCGCACGGUCUCCUACAACGUUCUGGCUGACAUCUAUGCUCAGACCGAGCACUCCCGGACGGUGCUCUACCCCUACUGCGCGCCCUACGCGCUGGAGCUCGACUACCGGCAGAACCUGCUCAAGAAGGAGCUGGUCGGCUACAGCGCCGACCUCAUCUGCUUGCAGGAGGUGGACAAGUCUGUCUUCGCUGAUAGCUUGGCCCCGGCACUGGACGCCUUCGGCCUCGAAGGUCUCUUCAGGAUCAAGGAGAAGCAGCAUGAAGGCUUGGCUACUUUCUACCGCAGGGAUAAGUUCACCUUGCUUAGCGAGCACGAUAUUGCCUUCAAUGAGGCCCUGGUCUCCAACCCACUGCACAAGGAGCUGCGGGACAAGCUAGCCCCCUACCCCUUAGCCCAGGAGAAGGUGCUGCAGAGAUCCUCUGUGCUGCAGGUUUCAGUUCUUCAGUCUACAAAUGAUCCUUUGAGGAAGAUUUGUAUAGCCAAUACUCAUCUGUACUGGCAUCCAAAAGGUGGAAACAUCCGUCUCAUCCAAAUUGCUGUAGCUUUGUCUCACAUUAGGCAUGUUACAUGUGAUCUAUAUUCUGGCAUACCUGUCAUAUUCUGUGGUGAUUUUAAUAGUACACCUUCAACUGGAAUGUAUAGUUUUAUCAAUAGUGGCAAUAUUGCUGAGGAUCAUGAAGACUGGGUCUCUAAUGGAGAAGAAGAAAGAUGCAAUAUGUCUCUAACUCAUCCUUUCAAACUGCAAAGUGCUUGUGGAGAACCUGCUUAUACAAAUUAUGUUGGUGGGUUUCAUGGAUGCCUGGACUACAUUUUCAUUGACAUAAAUGCUUUAGAGGUUGAACAAGUAAUUCCAUUGCCAAGUCAUGAAGAAGUUACCACCCAUCAGGCCUUGCCAAGUGUCUCUCAUCCCUCUGAUCAUAUAGCAUUAAUAUGUGAUUUAAAGUGGAAAUAAGACUAACAUUUGCAUGGCAUUUGUUCCAGGCCUUUAAACAAGGAAUUUGUUUACUUUAGGGGACCUUAACUUGUAUCCCGGCUUGUAUGUAACUUUAUAAAGACAGAAGCUAGACUGAUUAUUGGAAAAAAGUUCACAUGCCUGUCAUUUUGAUUAUAAAUUUCUUAUUGAGCGUUUUGUCUGACUGUUCAUAACAUUUGCAUGACAUAGCUUCUCCUUUCCCUUUUUCUACACUAAUAGGAAGUCCAAAUAUAUUUAAAACAGAUGGGGAUGUUUUAAAAAAAGAAAAAAAGUUAGAUUAUCAGAUCUUUUUAUAGGUGUUUUUAACUGAUUAAGAGAUUAUUUUGUUACAGAUGUAUGAAUCUAAACUGAUUUCUAUAAAAGUACACGUGAACUGAACCCUGUUUGUAUAAUUCAGAAUAGGAUAUAAAAGAGGGUAAGCAAAUUACUUAUGUUGAAUCAAAUCAAUUAAAACUACUUUCAGUGCAGGACAAAUGUCACCUUCUAUUUAAAUACUCAAAAAUUUAAAUGUAUUCAUUAAGCAUUCCUGAUGCUUCUCUAGGCUUUAGCAAGCUGCAUGUUCAGUGUACUUCUACUUUUUUUGACAAGAUACUUUCUAACCAGAUACCAACAUCUGAAUAGACUUGUACAAUCAACAUAAAACCAUAUUAAAUUUUAGGAUUAAAAUGGUUUAGGAAACAUUUUCCUUGCCCACUUAAUGUAUUUGUAGCCACUGAAAGGCUCUUUAAGAUAAAUGAAAAAAAAUCAGAUUUUAAAGCCCAGUUGUUGAUUAUUGUAAACCAAUAUCAAGUUUACUAAAAAAUAAAAAUGUAAGAACUAUAUUUACUUUUGAGUAUUGAUUCCUGCUGUUAUCCAUAUCCUGUAUCUAGCAUUAGAAAACAUACUAAAAGUUUUAGGUCAGUUUCCUAACACAGUUUGGGUGGGAAGGAGUUUUUUAAAUUUUGCUCGCCAGUUUUUGAUUUGCAGGAAAGCAUUAGUUGCUUCUGGAGAACAAUUUCUUCCUGGUGUGGGGGGAGUGGAAGAAAAUAACACUUCACAUAAGUAAUAUGUAUCUAAUUCUUUGGUGAAAAUGCUUAAAGGUGACUUGCAAAGAUUUUUAAAAGUGGGAUUUGCUCUAUUUUUUUUCCAUCAUAAAGAAGGCCUGCUUGCUCACACUUUUCAAUUUAGCACUAUCAAGUCUAGUCUUUCCUGGUUAUGUUGGAGAAUAUUUGGGAUGUCUAAGGAUGUACAUUACCAUACCUUAAUGGAAAUAAUAGUUAUUUAAACACCCACUACCCAGGACUUCCUUUCUCCAAAAUGUUGGUCAUGGAAACAGAAAAGAUUCUGCAAACAAAAGAUUUAUACAGUUUUAUUAAUGCUCCUUGUUUCAGUUGGUAACUUUCCCUUAACUCCAGGUAUUAUUGUCCUCAUUUGACUAGUUUUCUGGUUAUUAGUGCCUUCCAGGGUAAAACAAGCUCUGAAUGUUUAAUGCUUAAAAAGCACGUAGAAUUCUCACCCCUAUCCACAAUUAAAAGGCACAUAUCAUGCAGAUUGGAACACUAGAAAUGCAUUAGAACAGUGUGGCUUCCUCAUAGUGCACAAGUUAAACUGAAUAUUUAAAAUGAAAACAUUUACUAAACUGAAAACUAUGGGGAUGCACAGACUUAGGACAUCCAAAAACCCGUACCUAACUCUGCUCCUGUUGCUUUACCCAAGGAACAACCAAACGGUGCAAACUAAUCUGACACUCAGACAAGGUCCAUACAUGUACCUCAUAAUAAUAAAUACAGUGGUAGCAUUUUCAUAGUGCUAUGCAUGCUGAUAUGGGCAAUUGUUUCAUGGUGUUUUCAAAAAUGUGAUAUGUGAGCCUCCAAUGAGCUGAACCCUUAAUUAUGUGACUGUUGGUACCAGUCAAACUAGUAUGGGGGUCUAAGUAUUGCCACUCUCCUUGGCACCUCAUGGGCUGUAGAGCCUCCUCACAGGGUAGGUGGCUGCUGCUAGGCAAGGCUAGGGACUGAAGCUGUUAUAAGCUUCAUGGUGGGAGAGAAUAGAAAGAACAGGCCUGGAGAGGAACUCCUUUCUCUCACCAAGAGAAAUGGGAGGAAAGUCCUAGGGCACAAGGCCCAAGCACAUGUACAUGCACUGUUACCUCUCCGUGGACACACUAUUAGAAUGGAGCCUUCCCCCUUGUGACUGGUGCUGGCUAUGGGAGUAGAGACAGACACUGCUGCUGCUGGAACAGCCAGCAGCAAACUUUUACUUUCCAGCCCUCAGAGCCUUUUCUGGUGUCAGAAGUGACUUUCUGGAACUCUUCCAUUGAGGGGAAGAGAGAUGAUUCUUAGAAGGGAAUGGGUGGAGCAGGCCUAAGCUGAGGGGCUGGAGUUCACUGUUGACAGACACCAAUGGGUGGGAGGAUGGUGGGGAAAUAUGGGUUAAGAGGGUUGCUGACCAUGGAAAAUUAACACCCACUGUACAUUACUGCUAUGAGCACACAACUGGUGUGAAUUACUGUGGGAUGUUACUAUAACUUGUAACCGCUGCUCUCAAUUUGUUUUCAUGUGUUGCAUUUUAUAUUUAGAUAGUAAGUGCUUGAGUAGGGAGUGUUUGUGAAACUUUUGGGUGCUCAAAAAUAAGUGAUGAAAAAUCAUUUUGAAUCAGACUAAUGUACAUAUGUAAAAACUACAUGCCAUACGUACAUGUUUAUACCACCCUGCUUACCAACUAUGUAUCCAUUGCACCUUGCAUGUAAGAUAUUUUGAUUAAAGAUGUUUUCUGAUAA